AUGUAUGCACUGUUAGAUUUUGUACUCUGUGUUGACCAUAAAGGUUCACUUUCUUCCCCCUUUUCUUUAAAAUACGUCCAGUCCUUGCCCACCUUAAGUUGGGUUCUAAUCGAUCGGAGUGGGAAGCACUUCGGAACAUUGCUGAAUUACAUUCGUGAUGGUUCGGUACCGUUACCGGAAAGUAAACGCGAGUUGGAAGAGCUUCUGGCAGAGGCGCGAUUCUUUUGUGUUGAGGGUCUCAGACAGCUGUGCGAGGAUGCUCUGUCCCGAUUGGCAUUGAAUGAAGAUACCUACAAUCGGUCAACCAUCAUCAUCGUGAAGUGCCCAAAUGCACCUUUGGCUAACCAAAACCUGACACUCAAGGCAGCGGGGCGGUGUGCGAAAACCGCAAUCCAUUGGGAGCCGUUGUCCAGUUCAUCGGAUCAUACGUCUUUCGGACGGAAUCAAACGUCCAAGGUGCCCAAUAUACCUCGAUGCCCAAUCGAGCCGGUGACCAUUGUCAUAACCGGGAAGGCUUGGGUGAGGUUCGUAGGCCUCCUCUUGGUUGGUUUGGAAUCAGGGGUUUUAGCCAACUCCCCUAAGUGA